GGAAUCAUAAAGAGGCAAGCUUUGUGGUGCAAUGAAGCAAAGAGACAACUUUGCCUUUUCUCCAGUAUCUUAUACUAUAAUGGAUUAAGAUUUGCUUAUGAGAUUUUAUCAUUUGGCAUAAAUUCUCCUCCAGUGAAAAAAAAAAUGGAAUUCCCUCUGUGUCGUAUGUUUCUUCCCUUAUCUGUUACCAUUCGAGGUCGGUUCUUGAUUGUGGCGCCAUUAGUGAUGUGAUGUGAUUUUCUCUUUCCGCAUGUGUCGGCGAACAUCCACCAUGAAAACCCAUUUGAAGACGAAGCUUUUUGUUCUUCCACUUGUUUGUUGUAUUGUCUCUGUGGCUUUUUCUACUACAGAUCCCAAUGACCUUGAUGUUCUCAACGAGUUUCGCAACGGAUUGAUUCGCAACGGAUUGAAGAAUCCAGAGCUUCUACAGUGGCCUGACAAUGGCGACGAUCCGUGCGGACAACCUAGCUGGAAACAUGUAUUCUGCGAAAACACCAGAGUUACUCAGAUUCAAGUUCAGGGUCUUGGUCUCAAGGGUCACUUACCAUAUAAUCUCAACAAGCUCUCAGAGCUCAUCAAUGUGGGCCUUCAAAGGAAUCAAUUCUCCGGGAAAUUACCUUCCUUCAGUGGCUUAGCCAAGCUACAGUUUGCUUACCUUGAUUACAAUGCUUUCGAUUCGAUCCCUGGAAAUUUCUUUGAUGGGCUUUCGAGUCUCCAAGUUCUGGCAUUGGAUCACAACAACUUCAAUUCCACCGCUGGUUGGAUGUUCCCUGAAUCAUUGCAGGGUUCUUCACAGCUUUCCAAUCUUUCUUGUAUGAGUUGUAAUCUGGUUGGACCAUUGCCUGGUUUUCUUGGGAACAUGUCAUCUUUGACGAACCUCAGGCUCUCUGACAAUAGCUUGUCAGGUGAGAUUCCUCCGAGCUUUGGACAAUCACAGCUAAGAACAUUGUCUCUCAACAAUCAGAGAAGUGGUGGCUUAACGGGUUCUAUUGACGUUUUGACAUUAAUCAGUUCUCUUGAAGUCCUUUGGCUGCAAGGCAAUCAAUUCAGUGGUCCAAUCCCUGAAAGUGUAGGUAAUUUAACUCUCUUGAAGGAUCUUGAUCUCAAUGGUAAUAAACUUGUUGGUCUGAUCCCUCAGAGUUUGGCUGAUCUUUUAUUAGAUCGUUUGGAUUUAAACAAUAACCUCCUCAUGGGUCCAAUUCCUGAGUUUAAGGUUACUAAUGUAAUUUAUGCUGAGAAUCCAUUUUGUCAAACCAAAGAAGGAUUCGCUUGUGCUCCAGAGGUUAUGACACUUAUUGAGUUCCUUCGUGAGUUGAAUUACCCUCCGAGGCUUGCCUCUGAAUGGGUUGGUAAUGAUCCAUGUGGAGGAUCUUGGCUUGGCUUGAGAUGCAAUGCUGAAGGAAAGAUCGAGAUCAUGAACCUGCCUAGACUUAAUCUUACCGGUACAUUGAGCCCUUCUGUUGCAAAAUUAGGUUCACUUUCUCAGAUUAGGUUUCAGUUUAACCAUAUAAACGGUCCAAUCCCUGAGAAUUGGACUGCUCUGAAAUCUCUCAAGACUUUGGAUCUUAGUGGCAACAACAUAUCUCCACCAUUACCAAAGUUUAGUAAGACCUUAGAUUUUGUCAUAGAUGGGAACCCUUUGUUCUCGAAAAAUCGGUCUAUUACAUCUCCCUCACCAAUGGGAAACCUGCCUUCUAGUACUUCAGGAUCCCCAGAGGAUCGUACUCGCUCUCCACGGGCCAAAGGGCCUUCCUUUUCUCCUCAUGAUAGCUCUGGUGCUAGAAUAAACAAACCGAAAAGUGGUAAAAAUCCCGUUUUUGUUGUUGUUGUUGCUCCUUUAGCCAGUGUUGCCAUUAUCACUCUAAUUGUUGUUCCUCUUUCUAUCUACUGUUGUUCAAAGAGGAGAAGAACACACAGCUUAGCUCCAAAUCCCCCAGUGAUUCACUCGGGAGAUCGGUCUGAUUCAGACAACUUGGUUAAGAUUGCUGUUGUGAAUGACAUCAAUGGAAGCACUUCCACUGGAAGGGGUUCUGCGAGCAAAAACAGUAGCAGCAUGGCUGGUUCACAUGUCAUUGAGUCUGGAAAUCUGGUUAUCUCACUGCAAGUCCUCAGAAAUGUCACGGAGAAUUUUGCUCCGGAGAAUGAGCUUGGACGAGGUGGAUUUGGCAUUGUAUAUAAAGGAGAGCUAGAGGAUGGGACGAAAAUAGCUGUCAAGAGAAUGCAGGCUGGUGUCAUAAGCACCAAGGCCUUGAAUGAGUUCCAUGCUGAAAUCUCGGUUCUUUCCAAAGUUCGUCACCGUCAUUUGGUGUCUUUACUCUGUUAUUCCAUCGAAGGGAAUGAGAGAAUGUUGGUUUACGAGUACAUGCCACAAGGAGCUCUUAGCAAGCAUUUGUUUCACUGGAAGAGUUUGAAAUUGGAACCUCUCUCAUGGAAGAGGAGGUUAAAUAUUGCACUGGAUGUAGCAAGGGGAAUGGAGUAUCUCCAUAGCCUAGCUCAUCAGAGCUUCAUACAUAGAGAUCUUAAAUCUUCAAAUAUCUUACUCGGUGAUGAUUUCAGAGCAAAGAUUUCGGAUUUCGGGCUGGUGAAACUCGCUCCCGAUACGGAGAAAUCUGUAGUGACCAGACUUGCAGGAACCUUUGGAUACUUGGCUCCAGAAUAUGCUGUGAUGGGAAAGAUCACCACGAAAGUAGACGUCUUUAGCUUCGGGGUUGUGUUAAUGGAACUCCUCACUGGACUAAUGGCCCUUGACGAGGACAGACCCGAGGAGAGCCAGUACUUAGCUUCAUGGUUUUGGCACAUGAAAUCAGACAAACAAAAGCUUAGAGCCGCCAUUGACAAUACCCUCGAUGUAAAAGACGAAACUUUCGAGAGUAUCUGCGUAGUUGCAGAACUUGCAGGCCAUUGUACAGCCCGAGAGCCCAACCAGCGACCCGACAUGAGCCAUGCUGUGAGUGUUCUCUGUCCACUCGUUGAGAACUGGAAACCUCUCGAUGAUGAGACGGAGGAAUACUCGGGAAUAGAUUACAGUCUUCCACUUAACCAGAUGGUGAAAGGAUGGCAAGAAGCUGAAGGAAAGGAGAUUAGUUACGUUGAUUUGGAUGAUAGUAAGGGAAGUAUCCCCUCGAGGCCUACGGGUUUCGCCGAGUCUUUUACUUCGGCAGAUGGGCGGUGAGAGAGCGGAAAUUCGGGUAUUCGUGUUUUUUUUCCCUCUCUAUAGAUAGCUUGGAACUAUGUUCUCUCUGGUUUACUACUGUUUCUUUCAGAUGUUAAUGUUGUCUUAUAGAAUCGGUUGCUCUUAGUUCGUGUUCUUC